AAAGCCACGACAGUAAAAGUCACGAUUGAGCAAUGUCGGAAUUCUGAACUUUCCUAUCCCCAGCGCUUCCGCAUCAGAUCACCCCAAGGCCAAAAAUCCUUCGGGUCCUCCCUCAUGCCCACCUCCACCCUCCACGACUUCCAAACCGACAUCCAAAACGUGACAGGCAUCCUCGUCGCGGAACAACUUAUCCGGUUCGGGUUUCCGCCCAAAACGUUGCAGACGGAGGGGAACGGGGAGGAGACGUUGGAGAAGGUGGGGGUGAAGGAUGGGGAGACGUUUAUUUUGGAGCGGGUGGAAGGGGGGUUUGCGCCGCAGGCUGGUGUUGGGGUAACCCGGGAAGCAGUAUCACCGGCAGCGGUUCCGGCGGGAGGAAUGGCGCGAGAACCACCCGCGCGGGCGAAUGGACCGGUCGCUGUCGGGAAGGGGCAUGGGAUACCGUUGAAUGAUGGGAUACUGCUUGUCAGGGAAAUGAAGGACGACAACAGUUGCCUGUUCCGAUCAAUAGGUUACGUGCUCGAGCGAUUCCCCGAGAAUACGUCAAAGUACCGGCAAAUCAUCGCUGACACGAUCCAACGCGACGCAACAUACAGCGAAGCCAUCCUCGGCCGAGAACCAUCAAAGUACCGGAGUUGGAUCCUCGAGCCGAAUAGCUGGGGUGGUGCGAUUGAGCUGGCGAUUCUUUCGGAUCAUUUCCAAAUCGACUCGAUAGAUGUUGGGAGUUUACGAAUAGAUCGAUUCGGCGAAGGAAAGUACCCCCGCCGGGUCUUCGUGAUGUACAGCGGGAUUCACUACGACGCGCUGGCUCUCACGCCAGAUAAGAGCGCGCCCGCGGAGUUUGAUCAGACGACGUUUGAGGGAGAUGAGGGGGAUAGGGUGUAUGAGGCGGCGUUGGAGGUGGCGAAGAUUUGGAAGAAGGAGAAGAAAUUUACGGACCUUGCUAAUUUCACAUUGCGGUGUGGGAUAUGUAAGAAGGGCAUCGUCGGCCAACACGAAGCUCAGGCGCACGCUAUGGAGACGGGCCAUGCUCAGUUCACUGAAUACAGUUGACAUAUUUUCCUCGCGAAUGAAUGUACAAUGGCAGAACGCCCAUGUGGCUCGGGGAACUCAAAUCCACGCACUAUCAUGACCCCAUCUGUUACCUGACUCC